AAGCAGGGUGAAACACUGCUAUCUGGCUGAACUUUAUUAGGUGAAGGACCAGCAGUGCGAGGCAGCCACUGGAAUUUAAAAUAAUAAUAAUGGGGCUGAUGCAUGCUGGGUUUUUAUUUCUGCUGUUUUGGUCUGCCUGUUUUCAGUUUAUAGACAAAGCUGAGUAUGGUGUGUUUGGGCAAGAUCCUGAAUUAGACCAGGAAAAAAUGGAGACAGUGGCAGAUAAAGACGAAACAGAAGAUUCUGCACCUACAGAUAAACUCAAGAGGAGUGCGUCAGAUGGCGAUUUUUCAACACCUGAAGCAAUGAAGUUACCCAAGUAUCUCAAUGUCCCAGCUUCCUAUGACCAAAAACAGAUUUUCAAGCCGGAAAGAGGAGUCCGGCCCCUUCCUGAAUUGGCCAGGAAAAUAUUGCUUGCUAGUGCUCCUGCUGCUCCUGUAACUGGAGGAGCAGAAACGGGCAGAGACAAGUUGGUUGAAAUUUUGUGCCAUGUGGAUAAAAUGUAUGUAAGAAUCAGGAAAGAGGUCUUUAAAUCCAGAGAUGCAUACAAAUAUUUGAAACUAGGUACAUGCCCUGUUAACCAAGAAAAUGAACACUAUUACUACUUACUCUACUCUUUUGUAACUGGCUGUGGAUUCAAGAAAGAGAGUCAUGCAGAUUACUUGUCCAUCAGCAAUGUUCUCCGCUUCAGACAAACCACUCCAGUUUUAAGGGAAAUGCCAUUUGAAAUUCCUCUGCAGUGUCGGUUUCCCAGGUUCUUUCACUCGUACAAAGUUGGCUUCCACCCCAAACUGCGAGGAGGAACAGUUUUCAGAGCACUGAAACCAAAAAGAAUUUUCAGCCUCAUCCUUGUAGAUGCAUCUGGAAAUAAUGUCACUGGGACCAAAAUCUACAGCUUGGGACAGUCGAUGUACUUUGAGGCCAGUGUACUUUACCACACAGCAAGCUCUAGAAAUAAAAGGCUCUACAUCAACAAGUGCUUCAUGACCCCUUCCAGCAACCCAGACUCGAAUCCUAAAUAUACAGUCGUUGACAACCAUGGCUGUAUGAUUGAUAGCAAGGUGAUGCUACAGUCAAAGUUCCUUAUUGGUAGCUCGAAGAUGGUCCAGAGGGUGACUGUGGGAGCUGUCCUCUUUAAGGACCCUACUUCCAUGAUCUCAUCACAGGAACAGUACUUGCACUGUGAGAUCUUUAUGGGGUCACCUACUCCAACUCGGAAUUCGAAGGCUUGUAACUAUGAUCCAGUUACUGGAAGCUGGAAAGAGCUCUACGGGUAUGACACUGUGUGCGCGUGUUGUGAAUCAACUUGCUCGUCACCACAACAAAGGGCUUCUAGGAAGAUAAUUUCAAGUCACUCUUGGAUGGUUGACUUGACCAGUGAAGAUGAACAUGUAAAGUCUGAGCCCAAGAUGAAGUCCCGUGAUGCUGGCAUGUUCAACUUGGAUGACCCAGAUACAGAAAAAUGAGGACUUCCUAAACAAUUGGGACCAGUAAUUUAAUGUUUAAAUGAUCAGAAUUGUUUUAAAAAUAGCUGCUUUAUUUCUUGAACUCUGCACAGUAUGCCAUUACUUUAUGAAUGUACAACAAUUUGUUUACUGUCAACGGUUCAAUUGAAAAUUAAAACUCUAAAUUGCA